UAACGCAAAUAUGAAACAUAAAACAGAAAAUAUAUAUCAGAAAAUAUAUAUCGUAUCCUGGAAAUUGCGUACGUAUAUGUAUAUCAACAUAAUCUAUGCUAUAUAUACAUAUAUCUUGUGAAUUCAUGAUACCAAAAAAGCGACAUUUCAUUUCGUGUUUUAAAGUUUUUGGUAAAAUUUUAAAAUCUUUGCUGCAAAUUAGUAUGGGCUCUUUAUCUCCACCCCAACGGCAGAAUUACGGUUUGGAGAGAGGCGCACCUCCGCAGCGGAAGAAUGGCAGCGGCGGAGCGGCAGACGUGAAGCGGCGGCAGUUGACAAAAGUGUUGUUUAAUGUGAGCCUGCAAAACAGUCUGUGGCCGGUGCAGGUGAUGAUGUCGCCAGAGAACACCGCCACGGAGCUGGUGAAGGCGGCGAUAGGCGUCUACGCGGAGGAGAGGCGGCGGCCGGAGCUGCGGUGCACUGAUCCCGGCCGCUACGAGUUGCACUAUUCUCAGUUUAGCCUCGAAAGUUUGAAGCCAGAGGUGAAGCUGAUGGACUUAGGGUCUCGAAAUUUCUAUGUAAGUGCAAAAUCUGGCACUGCAGCCUAAACAUGAAUAUAUAACAUUUUCCUAUAUAUAGUAAUAAUAUAUAGCGAUCCAUGUAUAUGUAAAAAUACAUGAUAAACGCUAUGUACGUAAAGCCAUUGUUUCUAUUAUAUAUAAUAGUCAUUCUUAAUUAAAUUUCAA